AUGGCUUCCAAGUACUAUGCUCAGACCGUCUCUUCUGGUUCCGUCAAGGGACUGUGUGGCCCUUCUAGGGGGCUCACUCGGAUUUCGUCCGUCCAUUCUGGCGGCUCGUGCAGAGUGCCUAGCCUUGCCUUUGGUAGCAGGAGUAUGUCAUCCUCUUCCAUUAAACUGGGAUCUGGGACCUGCCCGCCCAGCAUCUGCCCGCCAAACGGUUCCUUCGGACCUGCGUUUGUUGGAAGCUACGGCUGGCAUGAUGAAGGCAUCCUCAGUUGCAAUGAAAAGGAGCUGAUGCAGUGCCUGAAUGACCGCCUGGCAAGCUACCUGGAGAGAGUGCGGUGCCUGGAGCAGGAAAAUGCAAACCUGGAAUGCAAGAUCCGUGAGUGGUACGAAUGCCAAGUCCCCUAUGUGUGCAUCGACUUCCAGUCUUAUUACAAGAUUAUUGAGGAACUCCAGCACCAGAUCCUGUGUGCCAAGACAGACAACGCCAGGCUGGUUUUGGAAAUCGACAAUGCCCGUCUAGCUGCUGAUGACUUCAGGACCAAGUACGAGACGGAGCUGGCACUUCACCAGAGUGUUGAGGCCGAUAUCAAUGGGCUGCGCAGAAUUUUGGAUGAAUUGACCUUAUGCCGGGCUGAUCUGGAAGCUCAGCUUGAAUCCCUCAAGGAGGAGCUCCUCUGCCUCAAGAAGAACCAUGAGGAGGAAGCCAGUGUCCUACGCUCCAAACUUGGGGCCAGAGUUAACGUGGAGGUGGAUGCAGCACCAUCGUGUGACCUGAACAAGAUCUUGGAUGAGAUCAGGAGCCAGUAUGAAAGCCUGGCUGAAAAAAAUCGCCGAGAUGUUGAAACUUGGUUCUCCUCCAAGAUGGAAGAGCUGAACCAACAGGUGCUCUCCAGUGGCGAAGAGUUGCAGACUUGUCAGUCAGAGAUCAUUGAAUUGAGACACACGGUCCAGGCCCUUGAGAUUGAUCUGGAUGCCCAACAGAACAUGAAAACUGCUCUGGAGUGCACCCUGCAAGAAACCGAAGCCCGCUACAGCACCCAGCUAGCGCAGCUCCAGUGCCUGAUCAGCAACAUAGAGGUCCAGUUAGGUGACCUCCGAUGUGACAUGGAACGCCAAAGCCACAAAUACAAGAUUCUGCUGGAUGUCAAGACUCGCCUGGAAUCGGAGAUUGCAACGUACCGACGUCUUUUGGAGGGAGAAGACUGCAAGUAUGUACAGCCCAAAGGAGUAUUGGGCACAUCUAAGAAGCCCCUACUGCAGGCCAAAAUGGUACCUCCCAGACACAGGGUUCCAUGCGUGCCAGAAUGCCCCACUCCAGUCUCCCAGAUCACUAAAAAAAUCCGCACCAUUACGGAGGAGAUUAAGGAUGGAAAGAUCAUAUCCUCUCGGGAACAAGUCCAGCACUUAGCCCUCUAA